AUGUCGGAAAAGAAAAGUAAAAAGAAAUAUAGCAGUGCCCAAGAUUACAAAGUUUUAGAAGAUAUUGAGCAUAUUAGAAAAAGACCCGGUAAUUAUAUUGGUUCUACUGAUGAGCAAGGCUGGCAUCACCUUUUUCAAGAGAUAAUUGAUAAUUCUAUUGAUGAAGCAGUUGCUGGUCACUGUGACCAGAUAAAAGUAACCCUUUCUCCUGAUCAAAGAACUAUCACAUUAGAGGAUAAUGGAUAUGGAGUUGCUCUUGAAACUAUGGAUGGAGUUCCUUUAGAAAAGAGUUCUGGGGAAGAAAAAAGUGUUUUGCUUACUCUUUUUUCGUCUCUUAAAUCUGGAGGAAAGUUCGAAAACAAAAUUUAUGAAACCUCUGGUGGACUUCACGGAAUUGGAGUAACAGCAGUUAAUGCCCUUUCCGAAGAGUUGAAGGUAACUGACGGGUUUGUUGUAUCGUUUACUCCCGAUCCUGAAAUUUUUAAAGAAUUUACUUAUUUUAAGGUUGAAAUUAUUCAAAAACGUUUAAAAGAGUUAGCCUAUUUAAACCCUAAUCUUACUUUAUAUUUUUAUACUUCUCCUACAGCCGAGCCAAUUAUUUAUCAUUUUACAGGUGGUUUAAGAAGUUGGAUUGAGGAAAUUCAUACUGGUAAAACAGUUUUAGGAGAAGUUUUUCAUAAAGUAGUACUAGAAGAAAAGUCGCCUGAAUAUUUUCAAUUAGAUUUUGCUUUCCAGUACCAAGAUGGUUAUGACAAAAUCAACACUCGCUCUUUCUGUAAUAAUAUUCGUACAGGCGGAGGCGGUUCUCAUGUUAGUGGUUUUGAGAGCGGUCUUUUUGAGAUUUGUAAAGAGUUGGUUAUUAAGGAUAAUCCAAAUUUGGAGAUUGAGUUGAACGAUGUUUUAACAGGAUUGACUUCAAUUGUGUCUGUUAGAGUCAGAGAGCCAGAGUUUGCAGGACAGACCAAAGACCGACUAGCUAACCGAGAGGUACGGGAGAAAACUAAAAAGGUUACUCAGGAACUAGUCAGUAGUUUUUUUCAAGAUAAUGCUACUACUGCUAAACUUAUUAAAGAGAAGGUUAUUGACAACGCUAAACUUCGUUUACAUUUAAAAGAGGAACAGGACAUUUUUCAGGGAGGGAAAAAAUCUCUUGAUUUGAUAAAAGUGUUAUCUGGUUCAGAAGAAAACGAGGAAAUAUUUUUUGUAGAAGGUAAAUCAGCAGGUGGUAGUGCCGAAGAAGGUCGAGAUGUAAAAACUCAAACUGUUUUGGCUCUUCAAGGAAAGCCCCCUAAUGCUUUGAAAUUAGUUCGUCGGGUUCUCCAAAAUAAGCAAAUCCAAAAUGUUCUAUUGGCACUUGACGAAGAAUUAACUUUACCUGAAGAAUUUGUUUAUGAAGAAGAGGGAGAAAAAAAAGUUAUUGCGACUGAUACUCCCCUUAAUUUAGAACAAAUAACUAUUAUUGUUCGCGAAACUUUAAAGGACUUGCUAGGCAAAGCAAAUUUUAAGAAAAUUAUUUUGAUGGCUGACCCUGAUGAUGACGGAGCUCAUAUUGUAAUUUUGCUGGUAACUUUUAUUUUCAAACACUUGCCUUAUUUAGUUGAAGGAGGAAAAUUAUUUGUGGCCGUUCCUCCUCUUUAUCGAGUGCAAUCGGGAAAACAAAUACAUUAUUUUUAUGAUGACCAAGAAUUAGAUGUUUAUCGAAAAAAACAUCCUCGCGAGGAACGAAAAAUUGAACGGAUUAAAGGUUUAGGGCAGAUGGAUGCUUCAGAAUUGUUUGAAAGCACUAUGGACCCUAGUCAAAGGCAAUAUUUGGAAAAACGUAGUUAUCGCGAAGCAAGUUUAACCAUUAGUGAAGAACAAACAAUUGAUAUGAGUCAUUUGGCUUUGGUCAAUUUUCUUCGUUAUGCUUAUGCCGUAGUAGAGGACCGAGCCUUACCGAAUGUUCAUGAUGGUUUGAAGCCUGUCCAACGACGAAUCCUCUUCGCUCUUUAUCGAUUAGGCAUUACUCCUAACAAGUCAGAGGUUACUUCAGCCAAUAUAGUAGGUAUUUAUAAUGCAUUAGCUCAUAUGGCACGAGCCGAUAAGUUUCGUUAUCCGUUGGUUUACGGUCGGGGAAAUUUUGGUUACGAUAAAAAUCCCCCAGCAGCCAUGCGUUAUACCAAAGUAAACAAAGGCAAGGAGGAGCCGUUUAUUUUGCCAACUAGCCUUCCUAAUUUAUUGUUAAAUGGUUCUAGUGGUAUUGCGGUAGGAAUGACUGCUAAUAUUCCACCUCAUCAUUUAGGAGGGACAUUAACCGCAACCGUUAAUCUAAUUCGUAAUCCUGAUUUAAUUGCUGUUCAGAAACUGCAAAAGGAGGUUCAGGAAAAAAACGGGCAGGUUACUGCCACCGAUUUAAAAAUAGAGAAAGUUGGCACUGGUGAACUAAUUGAAAAAGAACUUGAAACAUUGGUCGAGGAAAGGAAAGGGAUGGAAGAAAGUCUGCUCCAAUUAAAAAGGAAAAUCAACCAAUCCUUGGUUGAUGAUUUACAAGGGCCUGAUUUUCCAACCGGCGGUUAUGUUUUAGAAAAAGAAAAAUUACCGAGCAUUUAUGAAAAAGGAGAGGGGACGAUUUAUUUGCGGGCUAAAGUGCAAAUUUUCUCUCCGGCUGAAGUCAUUAAGUCGACUUUGGUAGCUCGGAUUGCAGAAGUAAUUAAAGAUAAAAAAAUCCCUGGAUUAAAAAAGAUUGUUGAUUAUUCUAAUCGCGGAAUUACGGACAUUCGUCUCGAAUUUGAUUCCCAGCAACAUGAUGGUCAAAUAAUCCUUAAUAAGUUGUAUAAGAGUACUCAGUUGCAGAUUAGUUUUGCGGUUAAAAUGCGAGCCUUAAUAGGAGAAAAUCCUAAAGUUUUUUCCUUAAUGGAAGUUUUGCAGGCAUUUAUCAGCAACCGUUUAGAAAAUAUUCGCCGCAAGUCCCAAUUUCAAUGGAAAGAAAAUGAAAAAAAGUUAUUUGAUUUAGAAAUUCGUCGCUUUAAUAUUGAACACGAUGAGCAAAUUUCUAGGAUUGCUAAGAAUAGGAGUUUUUCAUCCAGUAUUGAAAGAAGACAAGAAUUAAAAAGUGUCCUUCCAGCCGAAUUGCAAGAAUUGCAAAAGCGUUUGUCGGUUGUCUCGAGUGAUUCCUUGGAUUCUUCUGAAAAAGUGAGCGAUCCAGAGCAAGAAGUUUUUAAUCGAAUUUUUCGUACUAUGACUAGUUACGACAUGUUCACUCCAGAAAAACAAGCUGAAUUAGUUAGUAAAAUAAAUGAUUUAAAAGUUGAAAAUGAAGAAUUAGGACAGUUGGCUGCUAGUGAAGAAAAACGUAAAGAAAAAUUAAUUGCUGAUUUAGAGCAAUUGAAGAAAGAUUACGAGAAGGAUAACCGUCGUACUCAAAUUAUUACUGAUUCUCACCUGAUUGAUGAAAGAAAAGCAGUUACCCCAGAAGAAAUAAUUGUUAUUCUCAGUCAAGGUGAAAAGAAAAAAACUAAAUCCAAAGGGGAAGAGGAAGAAAGAAAAAUUUAUAUUAUUCCUGUUUAUAAAUUAACUGACAAAAGUUUUAAUUUGAAGGAAAGCGGAAUAAUAAAAUUAACUCCUGGAGAAGUUGUUGAACAAAUCAUUUCUGUCCGAGAAGAUUUUUUAACUGAGGAGAACAAAAAAGAGAAAUAUUUAGUGAUAGGCACUAAAAAGGGGAAGGUUAAACGUUUACCUUUGGAGAAAAUUGGUAAGGUGAUGAAAGGAGGAAAGAAAGUGAUUAAUAUAUCAAAACACGGCGAUGAAAUUGUUCAAGUGUCCUUUACUUCUGGUCAAGAUGAUAUAAUGGUGUUUACUAAGCAAGGAAAAAAUAAAAACUUCACGGAAGAAAAAAUACGAAUUUUUGGUAGGUCUGCCUAUGGGGAUACAGCGAUUAAAUUAGAGAGUGGUAAUCAAAAAGUUCGUUGCCCUAAGCACCGAACUCUUUUAGAAGAACAUAAAACUGCUCCUUGUUGUGAUAAGAGUCGGCCUGGUGCUCAGUUAAGUUGCCCUCGAAUGAAAGAAAUAAAUAUGGAAAUAAGAAAAUGUUUUGAUUGUAAUAGAGUAGUGGCGACAGCGUCUGGCCAAGAUGAGAUGGUUAGUUUAUUAGUGGUCGAAAAAGAAUUUCCGAAAAAUGAAUUUAAUUUAUUGGCAAUUCGUGAGGAUAAAAGCGGUGUAAAAAAAGCUCUUUCAUCAAUUUUAGAGUUAGCUAAAAGAAAAGGCGGUAAAGGGAAAAAUAAGUUCCGAGUGGAAGAAAGAGAAGUUUCGAAGUAUUGUGGUAAGCACGAAAAUUCUAUCGGCAAGUUAAGAGAAAGUUGGGAAGUUUUUGGAGAAAAGUUCAAAGCGGAGAAAAAAAGUUGGGAAGAAUUAAAAGAAAUACUAGAUAAGGCUCAGAAAGAACAAGUUAACCCUGAAGUAAUCAAAAAAUAUGAGGAAGAAUUGGUUCAAGUUAAACAGAAGCAGCAGGAAUUAAAAGAAAAGGAAUUAAAAAUUCAACAUGAGAGCGAUAAGUGUUGCGAUAAGAAAAAAACUGAAAAGGAAGAGUUAAAAGGAAAAAUUGAGCAAUUACAGGCUACAAAACCUAAUUCUAAAAAACUGGAAAAAUUACGAGCAGAGUUUAAAGAAUUAAACAAGCAGUCCUUGAAAAAUCGAGUCGAGUGUCCUCGCUUCCAGGAAAUAAACCAGGCAAUAAGAAAAUGUUUAGAAUGUAAUAAACAAAAAUCUAAAAAAGCAGUCAAGAUCACCCCUGCUUAUUUGCAAAAAGUGUUGUUGCUUAGCAAGAGAGAGAAAUCUGAGAUUUAUUUAUUAGCCGAAGAAGCAGUGUGUCGAUAUAAUAAGAAAGAUUUAGUUGAUUUCCUUCAAGAUGAAAAAAAGAAAAAAAUUCAACUUUAUAAAGGACAAAAAGUGAUUACUAGCCUUAAUGCCUACCCUGUAGAUAUCCCAAUUUCCAAGCAGUAG